UUAUACCUACGUGACUUUACCGAAAGAACCAAGGAGUAUAUAAACGGCACUUGUCGUAACCGAACUUUUAUGUUUGUUUACAAAGUUAACGAGGCAAACCAGUAAAUUGUACAAAUCCACCACGUUGUCACCCUCUCGUCCCCCUGCCGAUGAGACCCACAGCUGCCCACACUGCGCAACCACCACGCAGGUGCGGUGGGAGAAGAGAGGGAGAUGUGAGCGGCGUUGGCCACGAUGACACUGCAACCCGGCCAAUGCUCUCCCCUGCCCAGGAGCGACCGCAGAGCCAUCGUCAGGCUGCUGUCGACCCUCGCCGUCAUCGUCACCAUCGUCAGCUGCUGCUGCCCUCUUACGUCCCUCGCUGAACAUCCCGGGGGCGUGUCGAAGAACCCCCAACGUCCGGGCAAGCCUGCCAGGUUCAACUGGUUUAACUGGGCAAGGCACUCGGAGAAGGGAAAUAAGGAAAAUCAGGAAGGUGUCGAGACGUGGACAGGUUUUGCCAAGGAGCGCCACGAGGCUGUGCAAGGCGGCAGGCAGAGGACGCAUCAGGUGACGAGCGGAUUCCCGAGGAGCAUCAGCAGCACGCGGUCACUCAACUCCGACCGGGGCUCGGUUGGUCACUCUCGCAAGGGACCUGCGGCCGGCAAGAGCACCGGGUCAUUCACACGGGCACAGAAGGCAACCGGGGAGAGUCAGGGAGACACAGCUGCUUGCGACGAUGGUAACACAUCAAACUGUACAACGCCAAAUCCCUCAUCUGCGGACGCGAUUGGAAAUAAUGACGUUACAAGUGGGAGGUCGGACGCUUCCAAAGUCCUUCUGGAAACUUCCGCCACGGUGUCGACACCAACUGCACCGCAGCAAAUGCCCUCCUCUCCCAAAGCAGAAACUUCGCCAACAACAACAACGACAACAAACGUUCCGACAUCACCAGGUUCCAUUCAAACGGCUGCCUCGCCUGCUCAGACAUCAACUGAAACAUCUCCUACAUCUUCUGCAUUGGCCUCAACCCCUGAAGCAUCAGUGCCACCAGUGUCUGAAGAUCACUUGCCCUCAACAGGGGUGAUAAAUUGGGCGACAUUUGCCGAAACCUCCAGUCAUACCUUAUCAACAUCAGUUGCAGCAUCUGACGGAGCCCCUGUAUCAUCUGGCACUGAAAUCACAUCUCCAGAAUCACAGUACACAGGAUCAGCACUGUCUAGUUCUCCUUUAUCAUCUAUCACUGAUAUCACAUCUCCAGAAUCACAGUACACAGGAUCAGCACUGUCUAGUUCUUCUGUGUCAACUGCGACUGAUAUCACAUCUCCAGAAUCACAGUACACAGGAUCAGCACUGAUCAACACUGUCUAG